UGCAUCCUGUCGUCUGAGGUUAUUAACCCCAUCCAUUCAUCCACCUGAUUGAUCCCCACCGGGGUUGGCCACAUUGACUUUGCCUCGGCUUGGUCGGCGCCCAAUUUCGCGAUUGGAGCGCCUAGCCACGCGCCCUCGCCUCGCGCGACUCUUCCGGCCGAUCCUAGCAUAAGUUCGACGAGCAAAGUCCCUGAGCUGGGGUCCUCUGGUGUCAUGUCGUCCAACCAUAACCAUAACCACAACCCUCCACAGCACGGUCUACCGGUACCGUCCUUCUCCCAAAGCAGUGUCGCAUCCUCAAAUGGCAUGGCAUUUUCGCAGUCGCAACUAGGUUCUUUCAAUGCCUCCCAGUCCGUCGCCUCCACCCCUCGGGCCACACCUCCUCCCAAGGGGUCGUCGCAACAGCCCCCGGCCUCAUUCAACUAUUCGAAGAAUCCGCCCCAUGGCUCCCGGCCAGGAUUUGGCGGAUACGAAGAAGUUACCAAUUACGGCGCAUUGAUCCAAUAUCAUGAUGAAUUCAAACCUCAAAUCUACAGGGCCGUCUACUCGAAUGUUGCCGUUUACGAAAUGGAAGUCAAUGGAGUUGCUGUGAUGAAACGUCGCUCUGAUUCUUGGCUGAAUGCCACCCAGAUCCUCAAAGUCGCCGGAGUCAACAAAGCCAGACGAACAAAAACCCUCGAGAAGGAGAUUGCGGCUGGCGAGCAUGAGAAGGUUCAAGGGGGUUAUGGCAAAUACCAAGGGACGUGGGUCAACUACCAAAGGGGUGUGGAACUUUGUCGAGAAUACCACGUCGAAGAGAUGCUCCGACCGCUCCUCGAGUACGACAUGGGUUCGAAUGGUGCCACCGGCGCCGCUCAAGAUACGCUCGACACGCCAACCAAAGAACAAGCGAUGGCUGCCCAGCGAAAGCGGCUCUACAGCGGCAUGGACAAUCGUGGCGUUUCCCAGCCGCAGCAGGGAACCUUUUUCCAGAACAUUUCGCGGACUGCAGCGACGGCGGUGAAUGCGAUGAGUAAAGCUCGCUUUGACUCUCCCGCCGCACGGGGUGUGGACGGAAGGCGAUCAAGCCUCGCCCGGAAACCGUCGAACCAGAUGGGAAGCCAGGAAUCGCAGAUGCCCUUUGGCAGUCAACAGAGCAUGUACAGUGUGGCGUCCGAUAGUGGGUUUGCUAGCAACAUCCCGAACACCAACGGGCGAUAUCCUGCCAAUGACACGGCGACCUUUGAGCACGACGAUUCUGUGGAGCCUCCUCGCAAACGCAUUCGGUCCUCUUCUAACCUUGCGCACUCUUUCGGACUUAACCACUAUGACCCUUCGAUGUCGAUGAAUGAACCCACACCUACCGAGCCGAACGACUCUUUUUACCAGGACAUGGACGGACCGACCGCGGUGCCGGAUGGUAACAACCGGGGUACUGAGCCUCUCUUGCCGGCUACGACCCCGGAGAGGUUCCAGAAGAUGAAGCUCAUCAUGACUCUGUUCUUGGACAAACGGACAAAGGAUUUCUCCACCCACCCUGCCCUCCUGCAGCUGACAGGUGAGGAUCUUGAAAUACCUCUAGACGAAUAUCGCAACAAUGCUUUGCACUGGGCAGCCAUGCUGGCGCGCAUGCCCCUUGUUCACGCUCUGGUCGAGAAAGGCGUCAGCAUCUUCCGGCUGAAUGGAGCCGGUGAAACUGCUUUGCAAAAGUCGGUCGGCACACGAAACAACCUUGACUACCGGAGCUUUCCCCGACUUUUACAGGUGUUGGCUCCGACCAUCGACAUGGUGGAUUACAGUGGGCGAACGAUUCUACACCACAUCGCGGUCAUGGCAGCCACCGGGGGUGGAGGCCAUGUCUCCGCCAAACACUAUCUUGAGGCAUUGUUAGAAUUCAUCGUGCGUCACGGCGGUGCUUCGGCCAGUCAGCAAACUCCCAACGGGUCUUUGGAGAAUGGGACGGGUGUAUUGCAAGGCGAGGUGUUGACUUUGGGCCGGUUCAUUUCGGAAAUCGUCAACCUUCGGGAUGACCAGGGAGACACGGCGUUGAAUCUUGCCGGACGCGCGCGCUCUGUGCUUGUACCACAACUUUUAGAGGUCGGCGCGGAUCCCCAUAUACCAAAUCACACGGGUCUACGACCUGCAGACUACGGAGUGGGGGUGGAUAUGGUGGAUUCGCAAGCCAUGCAGGCUGGCAAGAACGACACGUUCAUCGAUCAACUCGCGAAGACCAAGAAAGAAAUCCUAGAUGCAACCAUGGCUCAAAUCAGCUCAAUGGUACAGGAGACGCUAGGCAAUAUCGAUAAAGAGCUGGCCUCGUCAUUGAACAAGAAGCAGGAAAAGUUCGAGCACUGGCAUUCUAAAAUCCGUGAGACGGCCAAGGCUCGACAGAUCGACCAGAAACAAUUUGACGAGCUCAAAGUCAAGUCGUCAGACCGCGUGGAACUUGGCAGGCGAUUUAAGAACUUGGAACGGUCAUCUGAAGAUCUUCUGGCGAUCCUCAAAAAUACCCAUGGGGAAUCAUUCGAGCCCUUGAAACACGCCACCAUCGGCGAUGCCGACAAAGACUCGGGCGUUGACAUCGCCGAAUUCGAGUCGAUGUUCCCUGACAACUUCGACCCUGCUUCAGGAUUUUCCGACAAACAGACAUCCUAUCUACAGUCACUGUUAUCCCCCGAGGUGCUUCAACAACGAAUAAAUUGCUACCAGGACUUCAACGAAGAUAUUCUCAACGAGGUGGACCUGCUCAAGUCCAAGAAUGUGGUGCUAGGCCAGAACUAUCGACGGAUGGUCAUGGCCUGCACUGCCUGGAGCGCCGAGCAGGUGGACGAAGCUGCCGAAGGGCUCACGCAAUGCGUCCGAGAGCUGAAUGAGCACCCCGUCCCCGAAGACGAGGCUAUAGAAAUCCUCAUGAAAGACCGCGGCCAGGAUUGGUAGUGGCCACCGACUCCCCGACACUAUACAUACAGCCGCUCUCAUUGAUAUCGAGAGAUCUAACGACAUAGCAAUGUUUAUUUCAGGUGUUAUUUUGAAUCCAGUACAAAGCCAGUGUUCAUACAACGGGGUUGCGGUGUUUAUUUGGUCUUCACAUGUUUUAGGCAUCCAUGUCUGUAUUGCAGAUACCCUCAGGGCACAUAUUGG